AUGACACAGGACCUGAAGAAAGCCAGUCUGUGCUGUUUGAAACUGAGGAUGAACUACUCCAUGCUCACAAUUCUACUUUUGGGAUCCGUCUGUGUCUUUGCACAGGUGGAGGCUCAUUUAGACAACUAUGUUAUAGCCUGUCAAACCAAUUUCACUGACCCAGAGGAUGGAGCAGUACUGGAUGGAGAUGAAAAAUAUUUUGUUGAUUUUAUAAACAAAGAAACGGUGAUGACAUUGCCUGAUUUUGCCAACAAAUGGGGUGCUCCGGGCCACUAUCAGUCAGCAAUGGCUCAGCUUGAGAUCUGCAAGAAUAACUUGAAAGUUGCUGUACAAGCUGAACAGAAGCCACCAGAGGCAAUAGAUCCCCCUGAGAGCACAAUCUAUUCCAUGUACAAAGUGGUACAGGGGGAGAGAAAUACCCUGAUCUGCUUUGUGAAUAACUUCUACCCCCCUCCCGUCAAAGUGAGGUGGAGCAAGAAUAAUGCUGAAGUGAAGGAGGGAGUGACUCUGAGCCGCUACUAUCCCAACAGUGAUUUCACUUUCCAUCAGUUCUCCACCCUGAGCGUCACACCCGAGGAGGGGGAUCUCUAUUCCUGCAGGGUGGAACACAAGGGGCUUUCUCAACCUCAGACCAAGAUCUGGGAGCCUGAAUUUCAGACUGAAUCAGACAUGGCAGAGACAGCAUUCUGUGGAAUUGGACUGACACUAGGUCUGCUGGGAGUGGGAGUUGGAACCUUCUUCCUAAUAAAAGGAAACAACUGCAACUAAGCCUUUCAUGAAGACUCAAGACCAAGACAUGGGACAGCCUGGUCAGAAUGAAUAAUCUGGUGGUUGUGACAAAAUCCUUUUCAGUUAUGUUGUUAAUAAAAAAUAUUCUUGUAAAAUUCCAGUGAUGCAAUUAGUAUCUAUGAUUACACAUUUUAAAUUUAAAUUUGUAUAUAAAUAUGUAAUUGAGUUUACAUUGAUAUUUUGAAAUCCAAACACAAGAUGUAGAUGGGAGUAUACUUGUAUGUGU